CUGCUGUCAAGUUUCACUUACAGUCAUCAAACAGAUUGGAAAAAAACAAGAAGCAGAUUUGUGUGGUGCUGUGAAGUGUUGCCACCUCUCAGUCAAAGCCCCGCCAGCAGGAGCUCAGUGCACUUGUGCCCUGUCCCGGCAGCUGUGCUGCAGCACAACAGCCCAACCUCGGGCAAAACAGCCCAGAGUGGAGAGAGAGGCACCCACAGCUCUGUCUGGAGAUGAUGUGCUUAGAAGGAAACACGGAAGUUCACUAAGAAGAUCAUUUUUCUUGAAUGAGAAGAGCGAACAGGGGCGUCGUUUGUUCCCUUCAGCCAGAAUGUUGUCUCGCAUCUGCCUGAGCUGGGUUCUCUUGGUGCUGCUCACAGGCUCCACAGUAUCAGAAUUAAUUGUGAUAGGAGAGGUGGGGCAGAACAUCACAGUGCCCUGCCACUACAGUGUCCGGAGCACAAACAGCAUCACAUCCAUGUGCUGGGGUCGGGACAGGUGCCCCAGUUCAAAGUGUUCCAAGCCCAUUAUCUGGACAAAUGGCUGGAGGGUGACAGAGCAACACAGCAGCAGGUACCAGCUGAAAGGGGACCUGCACAGGGGGGACGUGUCCCUGACCAUCCUGGACGCCAGGGAAGCAGACUCUGGGACCUACUGCUGCCGUGUGGAGAUCCCAGGGUGGUUCAAUGAUCAGCUGAUUAAUCGCAAGGUUGUGGUGAAGAAAGCAAGGAUCUCUACUGCAAGUCCUCACAUUUACACCUCUGAACAGACCUCAGGUCCUGGCAGCACCAGUGAAUCCUCCUUCACUGUCACAAGGACCUGGCCAUCGGUUUCUGCUUCAGAAGCUCCUCAGACUGCCUCUACUCCCUGCUCAGGCCCCUCAGACUGCCUGGAUGUGACUGUGAACCUGCAGAACACGUCUGUAUCACUUCCCAGUCAGCAGCACCCAGAACAUGGGCUCUACAUUGGGAUUGGCUUGUGUGCAGCACUUCUGCUCAUCCUGAUUUUGGCUCUGCUCCUCACUAAACAAUAUUUUUACAACACGAAGAAGAUGGGUGGUUCUGCAGGCUUUGUUGCAUUUCGAAGGCCACAAGUUCCUAUCCGGAAACACUCGCAGCAAGUCAAAUCUGGAAAUGGAGAAAUGAGACUUCAGUGGGACGCACUCGGCUCAGGAAAGGAUAAGAUCUGGUUUCCUCUUCUCCCACUCACUGCCCUGGUGUCUCCAUCAGCCAGAAUGUCCCAUCUUGUGCUGUUUCACUGGAUGGUGAUACAGAUCUUUAUAGCACACGCGGUGUCUGACAUCGUUGUUAGAGGGACAGAGGGACAGCCUGUGACCCUGCCCUGCUCCUACCGCGUGACACGGCGCAAGGACAUCUCCGACAUGUGCUGGGGCAGAGGCCGCUGCCCCAAUUCAAAGUGCACCAACAAAAUCUUGCACACCAGUGGCAGCCGGGUGACGUUCAGAGAGUCUCAGAGGUACAGCCUGCGCGGGUACGUUUUCGCUGGAGAUGUGUCCCUGACCAUUGGGGCGGCCCAGGCGGGGGACGCGGGCGUGUACUGCUGCCGCGUGGAGAUCCCUGGCCUCUUCAACGACAUCAAACGGAACAUUCGGCUGGAGGUGGACAGAGCCCCUCCAGUGACCACCACCACCAUCACCACCACCACCAUGACAGAAGCUCCUGUUUUCUCCCAACAUUUUAUAGAAACAACUUCUGCUCCUCAAGCAACCUCUGAUUUCCAGCCAACACCAGAGACUACAGUCCUGCUGACAACCAGCACCCUUCCACCAGCAACCACAGCCCCUGAGUCUCCAGCAGUAACUACAGGGGAGACCUCUGCUCCCCCAACAAUUGCUGGGACAGAAAAUGAUCUUUCUCCUGUGACUAUGGUGGAAACGAGUGCUCCCCCAGAUUUUCCAACCACUUCCCAAGCAGCUGAUGUGACAACUGAAGAUGACAUGUUCUGCUCCACGCUGCCUGGAAGCACAGAGGUGACUACUGAAUUCCCAGGUACACUUCCAAGUGAAGAGGAAACCACCACCUCUGUCCUGAUGGAAGAGUUGUCACUCAGGGAGGUUUCAGCAAAUUCAGAUGGCAAUACUGGGAAAUAUGAAGAUAGAGGAGAUAAGGUAAAACUUCCUUUUCUCAUCUCUGCCAUUCUCAUUGCCUGUGCCAUAGCAGGGUCCAUCCUUUUGGUCUUGUUGGUUUGGAAACGUAAACAGACAAAGAAGUUUAUAGUAAAAAGUGUUGGACCACCAGAAGAGACUGGCAAAGUUUUCAGUGGUGCUGAAGGAGAAAACAACAUUUUUUCCCUGUGAAGAGCUCCUACAUCAUCUGCAGAUGCCGUGGGAAAUAAAAAGGGCCUGUUCCAUGCUGCACUGAGAGAUAAUUGUGAGCCCUCAAAAUAUCAGUGGGUAUAAAACAAAGGCCAAAGCUUCAACUAUGAAAAUUUAAAAUCUUUGUGCAAAUUUUCCCAUAUCACCCUUAAAACUCACUGCAUAAAAAAGCUUAUUUGAGAAGGGGCUUUAUGCAUUAUUCAUGGAUGCUUCUGGCAUCUGCCUUCUUACUAGCACCAUGUUGCACAAUUGAAUUUGUUUGUCUCCUUUUUUACUAAUGCUCUUCCUUGAAUACAACUUGUACUCUGAGGAACAGAAGAGAUCACGUGGAAGGCUGCCUAUCUUCAAAUUGCCAUAAAGAAAGAAAAGGAAUCAUAAAAUACAGAUUUUAAUACUUUUAUGUAAUCAACAGAAAAAUUAAGCAACAAGAAUGCUGUGAGUUUAAAUCAAAAAUGCAGAUUACUUCAGGGGUAUCACUACUGCCUGUGAUUCAGCAUGUUUGAAUAACCCUUGGAGAAUAUGUUAAUAAACUCUGUAUUUUUUUGCUGGCAA